AUGGCUAUUGAUACUCCUGUCAUGUCCAUCAGCAAAGUUGAUAGAGAUGGACUUGACUGUGAUGUAUCAGAGAUGGAUGAAGAGAUUGAAGUUGAUUACACAUGGACCUAUUGGGAGGAUGAGGACGAUAUCUACCAGGAAUUUGAGGAGUUGGACUUUGAUGCCUUGCCUGAUUGCUCCGACACAAGGAGCUUUAUCUCAAAUGAUUCCUUCUACCCGCUGGAUGAUUCCGUCAUCUCUCAUAUUAUCAGCCCCGAACCAAUCUCCUUCUUCAAGGCCUGCUGCAACAACAAUACAGUCAUUGUAAAGAUUAUGAUCCGACAAGGAGUGACUGAAGAAGAAGUCAAGGAGACAGAUCGGAACAAAAGAGUAGGUGUUUGGAUUUUGUACUUUUUAACAAAAAAACAUGUUAUAAUAAUCCUUGGAAAAUGUAUUCAUUUAUCUUUACUAACACUGUGCUUCUGGGGCCACCUUUGUUCUCUUUGUUCUGCAGGACAUUCAGUUAUUUCCCAGUACCUGCUGAACUACUUCCCAGGUUUGGACAUUGAGAGGAGGAACUGUCAUGGAUUCACAGCUCUGAUGAAGGCUGCCAUGCAAGGCAGGCACGAGUGUGUGAGAGCUCUCAUGCUGGCAGGAGGGGAUAUUCAGGCCCGGGACGACGGUCGCCGUAUGACACCCAGAGAGUGGGCUCUUUUCACCGGGCGACACGUAACAGCCAACCUGAUGCUUCGGCUGAUGUCAAGGCCCUGUGCUGAGCAGUUCUGUGACUCAUUCUCUUUAGAGUGGUCCAUGUUGGAGGAGCUGGUGUCCGAGGCCCAAAGACCGAAGACCUGCUGGAGGCAUAUAAGCAACCUGCUUUCCUGCUGCUCUUACAGGUUUUUCAUGAACAACAAGAUUAAACCUGUGGACGAUGGUGUUUUGGACCACAUGGUUCAGAUAACUACUGGCAUCUCGAGUCCAUUCAUUGCCACAGCCUGCCACACAGUGUGUCCAGGCAGCCCACCGUGCAUCGGAAAGCGUCGUCCAGCCGUGCAGGAGAUUCUGAGGAGACAACGAGUGGCAGAACUGAAGCGCCUGGGUCCGGACCGACUGAACAACUACAAACGAUUCUUCCAGAAUUCCCGGGUUCUCCUCAUCCCCAAAGUGAAGGAUCGCAGGGCAAGCUUGCAGCCCCAGAUCCUCAGGGAAGUAGCCACGAUGUCCACGAUGGCCCUAAGGCGAGCCAGUCUGCUGCCGCUCAACAUGCUGAGGCGAAGCAGCGUGCGGCCAGGCAUCGUGGUGCCAAAGGUCCUGCUCUGCAAGGCUCCACCUCAAAGCUUCAUACCAGCAAAACUCAAGAGGAACAACAACCAGAACCAACUCCAGAUCCCUAAAUGGAACUACAAAAUGAAAACAAAAGAAAAGCGGCAGGAGGAAGAAAGGCAAAGACUGUUUUCUAUGAGAAGAGUGAGGUGA